AUGUUUCUAGACUUAGUAUUCAAUUUUUGUUGCUCUAAACGGCAGAAAGAUGAUAAAGAUACAAAAUCUUAAAAUAGUAACAAAAGUCAAGAGGAGUAAAUAAUAGAACAGAAAAGAAUGGAGUUGGACCUUGGGAAAGGAGGUUCUAAUCAGAUAUAAAAAUCAUAACCGUAAUCAUCAAUAGUAUCGCCUACGGACAAUUAUUUCCAACUGAAUGAUGAAAAGUAAUAAAAAAAGAGUAGUUUCGAAGAAGAUAAUAUCGAUGAGAAUCAAUUUAAUUUUGAAGGUAAUGAGGAACCAAAAUUGAAUACUAACAAUGUUAAAGAUCAUUUGGGGAAACGUUCUAAGUCUUAGGAGAAAUAAGAGAAGGGUUUGAAAAAGAAAAUCAGCAAGAACAAAGAGAAAGCAGAAGGAGAUAAAAGAGUGGUGAAGAUUUGGUAACCGGAAGAAGAUUAGAGGUUGAGGAAACUCUAUCAAGAAUAUCAAGGAAAUUGGAGCAAAAUCAUAUAAUUUAUGCCAGACAGAAACAUUUCUUAAUGUUCUUAGAGAUGGAGAAGGAUAAAUCCAAUAUAAAGUAAAUAAAAGUGGACUUAAGAUGAGGAUACAAAGUUAGUAUCUAUGGUUGCAGUAGAAGGCAAAAACUGGACUAAAUUAGCUAAGAAUUUCCCAGGAAGAACAGGAAAAUAAAUUCGAGAAAGGUAUCUCAAUAAAUUAGAUCCAACUCUUAAUUUUGUAGCAUGGACAGAAUAAGAAGAUCAAGAAAUAGUGAAAUAUUACAAUUAAUAUGGUGCUAAGUGGAGUUAGGUUGCCUCACAUUUGAAAGGGAGAUCGGAAAAUAUGGUGAAGAAUAGGUUUUAUUCGCAUAUUCAGAAAUAUCUCUUGGGUAGAUAAAAUAAAUACUAAAUAAUUUAUAAAUAAGGCAAGAAUUAAAAAUAACAGAAUGGCAGUUCAUAAAUGAUUGAAGUAGGUCAGAAUAUGGAUGUUGAAUAUUCUGACACUUCUAAUAGUGAUAUGAAGUUAGUUCAUUCUGAAAAUUAUUCAUCUUCCAUUGGAUCAAGCACAUUUACUUUUUCUUAUUAUGACAAUGAUGAAUUUAGUGGGAAUGGAGAGGAUCUGGAUUAUGAUAAUUAAUUUGAUCAUGAAUUCGCCGAAAAAGCAAGAUUAUUUUGA